AUGGCUGGUGUUGAGGGGUUGCUGGAGAAUCUGCGGUUGUCGGAGGCGGAAAGGAAGAGCGUAUGUAUCAAUCUUGAGUCGGCAGAGAAGAAGGAUGAUGAUCAAGUGCAGGCUGUAGGGAAGUUGCUCUCGGAGAAGUGGACAAGGCCGGAGAUCAUUGAACAAACGGUGGGGUGGAUAUGGUGUCCGGUGAAGGGGAUUGAAUGCAAGGAUUUGGGAGAAAACAUCUUCCUUUUCUCCUUUAAUCAGGCAUCGGAGCUUUUGGUGGUUGCUGAUUUUGAUGGAUCGAAGUCUUUGGACGAAAUCGAUUUUUCUUUCAUCCCUAUCUGGCCGCGUAUUUCGCGUUUACCCAUGGGUAUGAUGAACAAGGCAGUGGCGAUGGUGAUUGGAAACGAGAUUGGGAAAUUCAUGGAGGUGGACUUUGUCAAUGAUGAUUUAGCGGCAGGCAGAUUUCUGCAUCUGAAAGUGCGACUGGAUAUUCGCAAACCUUUGAUGCGCGGCACAACAGUGAAUCUGGGUGAGGGCAAAGGUGAUCGGUGGUGUCCUCCUAUUACUUAUGAAUUUCUACCAGAUUUCUGCUACAUUUGCGGGAUUAUUGGGCAUACUGAUAAGCUAUGUUCCAAGAAAAUUGGAGUGAAUGAUCCAUUGCCUUUUAGCAAGGACCUACCGUCACGCAGAAGAGCAGGAUAUGAUGGGUUUCGAGGCCAGGAAUCACCGAGUUUUUCUUCACGAAGAAGGGGUGGCUUUGGCUCACGGUUUGUGGGAGGUUCUGGAAGUCAAGGUGGUGAGGGGACAUCUAGGAGUGAUGUUUUGUCUUGGAGGAAGGAGCCCAUGCAAAUUUCUCUAUCUGUAGAUGGGAUGGGGGCGAUGAUGAGAAGAAUAAGUCUCCUAGAAAAUUCAAGAGGAAAGAGGAAACCUCGGGAUAAUAGAAAGAAGGAUGCGCAACAAAGUACAGGGAUUUGGGGGGAAGGGAGAAAAGGGAUGGUGUUGAGAUGGAGACAGGAAAUAAGAAGGCUAGGAAGGGAUCGUUGGGCUGGCGGACCAGCUCGGCGAGUCAAAAUGAAGAUUAUCGUAUGGAACUGUCGCGGGUUGGGGAACGGCGCGGCAGUUCAAAACCUUCUGAAUCUUCAGAAGGAGGAGGACCCUGAUAUUAUGUUCCUUUCCGAAACUAAAAUGGUUGAGAACAGAAUUAAAGGCUUCAGGUGGAAGCUGGGAUUGACAAAUAUGGUGGCGAAGGAUUGUGUUGGGAGCAGUGGUGGCCUUGCAAUAUUUUGGAGGAAGGAGGUUGAUGUACAUGUGCGGAUGAUCUCUAAUCGGUACAUUGAUGCAGACGUGAAAGAAGUGGAAGGAUUUCUAUGGUGA